GUGAAUUUCCUUCUUGAUCUUGAACAGCAUAAAGUCCGUCCUCGCGUCAAUAAUAUAAUGGUAAUGGGUUGCAUAUAUUUGUUACGUCUGUGAAUAUUUUGGUGGAUUAUUUCUUGGAAACUCCAAGGAUGACAAGAUUCUUGGAAGGGACAGUUUGUUAUCAAUAACGUGCGAGUGUACUUCGUACAGGGGUUAGGUGACUUUGGUAGACGAUUGUCGGAGUCAUUCUUCUUCGACUUCAGCUGUUAAAGAGAGCAAGAAGGAAAGGUUCCCCAUUUACGUUCUUUAUUGAUUUCCCAAAGCUGCGUGAAGUUCUGACCUGGCGUAACAUGUGGCUCACGCGUACCUACGCGUAUCAACCACGAAUAUUUUUGAAGAAGAUAGGUAGUUUGCAAACCUGGUCAAAGUUCACGAUGAAUAGUAACAUUCACAGUUGUCGAAAGCUGCUUGUAGUCGUGACAUGCACACAUGAAAAGUCCAGAUGAAGUUAUUCCGCAUUUGUCCAUAGAAGGUUAUGAACUUUGUACAGGAAAUUUUAUCGACAAGUUAACGCAAACUUAUGUAAAGUAUGGCACCUGAAAGAUCAAGCGGUGUUACUGGAAAUCAAUUAAGAAAUGCUCCGAAUGUUUUAACCAGUAUACCAAAUAUAUCGUCACCAUUUCCUUCGUCCAACAUUCAACCAAGUAAUCCACCCCCGGUGCCGCCGCGUCAACCGGUCCAAAAUUAUUUUGGAUUAAACGAUUAUAGACCGUAUGCAUCUAAUUACUAUGGUGGAUAUGGGUAUGGGAAUCAAUAUAGAGGAGUAAGUGGGUAUGGAGGAUAUAGUUCCUAUGGUGGUUAUAAUCCAUAUUCCAAUUACAAUAAUUAUGGAACAUUUGGUGGCCAUAGUGGUGAUGUUGAAAGUAGAUUUACUCAGUACGUCGAAGAAAACACUAGACCAACCUUUCAGCUAAUAGAAACUAUUCUUCAGACAUUUUCUUCAAUGACAAUGCUCUUGGAAUCUACUUAUUUUACUUUGACAAAUUCAUUUAGAGCAAUUUUAAGUGUCGCAGAAAAUGUUGGAAAGUUACGUUCUACUAUAGGACAGCUAUUUAAUACUCUUGCACUGAUUAAAUUUCUCAAAUGGUUGUACAGAAAAAUUACACGCAAUGCUGGUUUCCAAAGUGAAGGUUCCAUUAAUGAAGAAUUAUGGGAGAAAUCGGUAGUAAAAGUUGGAAGUGAUAGUGUUAAUAAUUCUCCUUUUUGGUCUGGAUUUCUAUUAUUUAGCUUGUUUUUUGUAGUACCUUAUAUGAUUCAUAAAAUCUCAAAUAACAUAAAACAUUUUAAAGCGAAAGGAAAGGAUCCAAAGGAAUGGUCUCGAUGCGAAGAACCAUUAUAUACUGCAGUAGUUCUGUAUGACUUUGUUGCAGCAAACAGCGAAGAACUAAAUGUGAAAGUUGGUCAAAAGGUUUAUCUCGCGCCCAAAUCCCUUCAACCAAAAAAUUUGCCAGGAUGGUGUAAAGUUACUGAUGACGUAAACGUUGGUCUCAUUCCCUAUAAUUAUAUUAGGGUCAUAGGACAGUUGAAAAAAAAGGAAGAAACUACUAAAGUAACUGCUCAAAACGUAGAGAGUUCUUCUCCAAAUGACAACCAUUAUAGACAGAAGAAAGAGGACUCGGAAAUUUUAAGAACUGAUAAAAAUUUUGCGGAUGAAGCGUAAGCACUAUUUAUUAAUUUUCCAUGUAAUAUUGAAUAUUUUGCAACGUUAAUCGAUAAAAACUAUACUCCAUGAAAUUUCUUAUUUCUUCGAAUAUUGUAUCAGUCGAUAACUUAGUUUGAAAGAUACCAAAAUUGCCUUCAAAUAUACAUCAUAAGUAAGUCUGGAUUAACGUUAAUAAAAAAAAAAGUUUGACAUGAACUUCACUUUUUAAAAUUCAUUUCAAGAAUUUAGGAUUUAAAGGAUAAAGAUAUAAUACCGAUAUCAAAGUUGGGGAAAGUGGGAAAAGUAACAAACAACUAACGAAGCGUUCUGAUUUUAAAACGAUUAAGGUUUAAUUAAAUCGAAAUUUUAUGCUUGCUUAUUUUUAAGCAAGAUCGAAUGACCGAUUUUUCGAAGGGUUUGGUAGAUGAGACUUUUAGUGUUACAUGCAGUACGUAUAUGUAUACUGCAGAUCGUAAUACAUCAUUUUAAUGGUAAUAAAUUG